AUGGAUCCAGCGGCUGCAGCUAGCCGACAGGCCAGCACCAGCCAAGGGCCGAAGGACCCACGCAGGUCUGCGCAGUCCCCCAGGAUGGAAACAGCGGAUGCAGCUAGCCAACAGGCAAGCACCAGCCAUGGGCCGAAGGAACCGCUCAAGUCUGUGCAGUCCCCCAGGAUGGAAACAGCGGAUGCAGCUAGCCGACAGGCCAGCACCAGCCAAGGGCCGAGGGACCCACGCAGGUCUGCGCAGUUCCCCAGGAUGGAAACAGCGGAUGCAGCUAGCCAACAGGCAAGCACCAGCCAUGGGCCGAAGGACCCGCUCAAGUCUGUGCAGUCCCCCAGGAUGGAAACAGCGGAUGCAGCUAGCCAAAGGGCCAGAAACCACCAUGGGCCAAAGGACCCGCCCAAGUCCACGCAGUGCCCCAAUAUGGAAACAGCAGAUGCAGCUAGCCAACAGGCAAGCACCAGCCAUCGGCCGAAGGACCCGCUCAAGUCUGUGCAGUCCCCCAGGAUGGAAACAGCGGAUGCAGCUAGCCGACAGGCCAGCACCCGCCAUGGGCCGAAGGACCCACGCAGGUCUGCGCAGUCCCCCAGGAUGAUAACAACGGAUGCAGCUAGCCAACAGUCAAGCACCAGCCAUGGGCCGAAGGACCCGCUCAAGUCUGCGCAGUCCCUCAGGAUGGAAACAGCGGAUGCAGCUAGCCAACAGGCCAGAAACCACCAUGGGCCAAAGGACCCGCCCAAGUCCACGCAGUCCCCCAGGAUGGAAACAGCAGAUGCAACAAGCCAACUGGCCAGCACCAGCCAUGGGCCAAAAGACCCGUGCACGUCCGUGCAGUACCCCAGGAAGGAAAUCCCGGCUACAGUUAGCCGACAUGUAAGCACCCGACAUGGGCUGAAGGACACGCGCACGUCUGUGCAGUCCCCAAGGAUGGAAACAGCGGAUGCAGCUAGCCAACAGGCCAGCACCCACCAUGGGCCGAAGGACCCGCCUAAAUCUGCGCAGUCCCCCAGGAUGGAAAAAGCGGAUUCAGCUAACCGAAAGGCCAGUACCCGCCAUGGGCCGAAGAACUCGCCCAAGUCUGCGCAGUCCCCCAGGAUGGAAACAGUGGAUGCAGCUACUCGACAGGCCAGUACCCGCCAUGAGCCGAAGGACCCGCCCAAGUUCGCGCAUUCACCCAGAAUGGAAACAGCAGAUGCAGCUACCCGAAAGACCUGUACCCGCCAUGGGCCAAAGGACCCGCCCAAAUCUGCGCAGUCCCACAGGAAGGACAGCACAGCUGCAGCUACCCGACAGGCCAGCAACCACCAUGGGCCGAAGGACCCGCCCAAGUCUGCGCAGUUCCCCAGGAUGGAAACAGCGGAUGCAGCUAGCCAACAGGCCAGCACCCACCAUGGGCCGAAGAACCCGCCCAAGUCUGCGCAGUCCCCCAGGAAGGACAGUACGGCUGCAGCUACCCGACAGGCCAGCAACCACCAUGGGCCGAAGGACCUGCCCAAGACCUCACAGUCCCCCAAAAUGGAAACAGCGGAUGCAGCUACCCGACAGGCCAACAUUCCCCAUGGGCCAAAGGACCCGCCCAAGUCUGCACAGUCCCCUAGGAUUAAAACAGUGGAUGCAGCUACCCGACAGGACAGUACCCUCCAUGGGCCGAAGGACCCGCCCAAGUCUGUGCAGUCCCCCAGUAUAGAAACAGCGGAUGCAACAAGCCAACAGGACAGUACCCUCCAAGGGCCGAAGGACCUGUCCAAGUCUGCACAGUCCCCCAUUAUGGAAACAGCGGAUGCAGCUACCCGACAGGCCAGCACCCACAGUAGGCCAAAGGACCCUCCCAAGUCUGCACAGUCCCCCAGUAUGGAAACAGCUAAUGCAGUUACCCGACAGGCCAGCACCCGCCGUGGGCCGAAGGACCCGCCCAAGUCUGUGCAGUUUCCCAGUAUAGAAACAGCGGAUGCAACAAGCCAACAGGACAGUACCCUCCAAGGGCCGAAGGACCUGUCCAAGUCUGCGCAGUCUCCCAGGAUGGAAACAGCGGAUGCAGUUACCCGACAGGACAGUACCUGCCAUGGGCCGAAGGACCCGCCCAAGUCCUCGCAGUCCCCCAAAAUGGAAACAGCGGAUGCAGCUACCCGACAGGCCAGCACUCCCCAUGGGCCGAAGGACCCGCCCAAGUCUGCGCAGUCCCCCAGGAAGGGAACAGCGUAUGCAACUACCCGACAGGACAGUACCCGCCAUGGGCCGAAGAACCCGCUGAAGUCCGCGCAGUCCCCCAGGAUGGAAACAGCGAAUGCAGCAGGCCAACAGUCCAGCGUCCGCCAUGGACCGAAGGACCCGCUCAAGUCUGCGCAGUCACCCAGGAUGGAAACAGAGGAUGCAGUUACCCGACAGGCUUGCAUCUGCCGUGGGCCGAAGGACCCGCCCAAGUCUGCGCAGUCCCCCAGGAUGGAAACAGCGGAUGCAGUUACCCGACAGGACAGUACCUGCCAUGGGCCGAAGGACCCGCCCAAGUCUGCGCAGUCCCUCAGGAUGGAAACAGCGGAUGCAGCUACCCGACAGGACAGUACCCGCCAUGAGCCGAAGGACCCGCCCAAGUCUGCACAGUUUCCCAGGAUGGGAACUGCGGAUGCAGCUACCCGACAGGACAGUGCCCGCCAUGGGCCGAAGGACCCGCCCAAGUCUGCGCAUUCCCCCAGGAUGGAAACAGUGGAUGCAGCUACCCGACUGGACAGUACCUGCCAUGAGUCGAAGGACCCGCUCAAGUCUGCGCAUUCCCCCAGGAUGGAAACAGCGGAUGCAGCUAGCCAACAGGCCAGCACCCGCCAUGGGCCGAAGAACCCGCUCAAGUCUGCGCAGUCCCCCAGGAUGGAAACAGCGGAUGCAGCUAGCCAACAGGCCAGCACCCGCCAUGAGCUGAAGGACCCGCUAAAGUCUGCGCAGUCCCCCAGGAUGGAAACAGCGGAUGCAGCUAUCCGACAGGUCAGUACCCGCCAUGGGCCGAAGGAUUUGCCCAAGUCCGCGCAGUCACCCAGGAUGGAAACAGCGGAUGCAGCUACCCGACAGGCCAGCACCUGCCAUGGGCCGAAGAACCCGCCCAAGUCUGCGCUGUCCCCCAGGAAGGUCUCCACGCCUGUAACUUCCCGACAGGCCAGCACCCGCCAUGGGCCGAAGAACCCGCCCAAGUCGUCGCAGUCCCCCAGGAAGGACUUCACAGCUGCAGCUACCCGACAGGCCAGCACCCGCCAUGGGCCGAAGGACCCACCCAAGUCUGCGCAGUCCCCCAGGAAGGACUCCACGGCUGCAGCUACCCGACAGGUCUGCACCCGCCGUGGGCCGAAGGGGUUGCGCAAGUCUGUGCAGUCCCCCAUAAAGGACUCCACGGCUGCACCUACCCGACAGGCCAGCUCUCGCUAUGUCCUGAAGGACCCAUGCAAGUCCGCGCAGUCUACUAGGGGAAGGAAGCGGAAGUUAGAAGCCGCCGUAAGCGGAAGCCCAGCCAAAAAACGCAAAAUUCCUGUGAGUAAAGUACCAGAUGCUGUCAGCUGUAGUAUCCAAAGUAAGCCCGUUGCCAAAACUGGAAAACCUAAACGAAAUGUUCGGUCCACCGCACCACGACGAGAUGCAAGUCCUCAACCGAGCACGAGCGAUGGACGACGUGGAAAGUAUUUGGUAUUCCUUCCAAUACAACCGCUUGGGCGACGUAGGAAGAAUAAGCGCAAAGCACGUGAUUCUUCAAGUGAUUCCUCAGUAGAGAGUGUAAAAAUACUACCCCGAAAAAAGAUACAAUUUUCAAAAGUUGGUUUCCUUAAAAAGAAAACUGAGAAGGAACUGCAUCCUGGAAUCAGAAACGUGGACAUUCCUGUUCAGUCGAAUGUACAGCUUUUCAUUCGUUUCCUGAUAUUUAGUUGGUUUCCCAAAGACGACCUUAAUGGAUUCUCUACAAUCAGCAUCGUAGACCUCGAUAGCAGCGACGUCAACAACUGCAGAGAUCUUGGUGGAAGGUGUAGCAUCGACGUCGGAGACACAGAUUGCUGCGACGACGACGGCAGUGGAGAUCUCAAUGGUAGCGACACCGACUGCGAUUCAGAUACCGGAGGCAUCUCUGAUACCAGCUGCAGAGAUACCGGCUGCAGAGGAGGCAUCGACAGGCGCUGUUCCAUCGGCUGA